AUGCCCAACAUUGGACCACUCCUGAAUUUCUUCCUUUCUCUUCAAAUUUGUUCGGCUAUGACACGGAUGAAGACUCGAAUUGUCUCGUAUAAUGUGCUAUCAUCGCACCUUGCAAGAGUAGAACAGUAUCCAACCUUAAAUCCGAAGCACCUGAAGGCAUCGGCUCGUUUGCUUGUCAUCUUUCAGAGGCUUGACGAGGAAGUCGCUAAGAAGUCAAUCAUUUGUCUCCAAGAGGUGUCUCAUGAUUGGGCAGGGAGCUUUCAUACCUAUUUUGCCAAUCGAGGCUACCACCUUGUUUCUGGCCUUUACGGUAAAAGAUUCAACGGAUAUAUGGGUUGCGUGAUAGCCUGGCCGGUGGAUACUUCGGAUGUCCUACAAGUUGACAUUUCAAGACUAAGCGAUAAGAGAAAAGGGGGAUGGCCACGAGAACCGAAACAAGGAAUCUUAGCCAGGUCUUUCACUAGAAUCGUGGGGAAAGGUCGAGAUGUACUCGAAGCAUUGGGUAUACUCGGUCGCCGAGCAACUGACCACUGGACAGUGGCAGAGAACCGAUUCAACAUUCUCUUGUCGAUUCAAUUGCAAGAUAAACUCUCUGGAAAGUCUUACUUUGUCUCGACCUAUCACAUGCCAUGUGCCUUCUAUGCUCCCAUGGUCAUGACCUUGCAUGCUGAUCUCGCAGCUCAGCACGUGCAGUCCUUGGCAGGACAAUGCCCGUACGUACUGGCAGGUGACUGGAACAUCAAACCUUAUGAUUCGACAUACAACUUGUUGACUACUGGUAUGAUGGAUUUAGGACAUCCCAAUUGGCCAACACCAAAACACGGAACUGAAUGGGCUCCAUCGUGUCAUCCCAUGCGAAGUGCGUACUCCGAAAGCCAACAUGGAGAGCCAGAUUUCACCAAUUAUGCUCGCACGAGGGAAGAGGAACCGUUCAUUGAUACGCUUGACUAUAUUUUUUGUAGUGAACACUGGGAUGUAGACGGCGUGUUGCCUCUUCCAAAACGAGAAAACGCACAUGGUCCUUUCCCGAACUUGGACGUGUCAGAGCCCAGUGACCAUAUCUUGAUUGCUGCAGAUCUUUCAUUGAAAUAA